CAGUGGGGGUGGGUGACUUGGAGCUGCCCAACAAAACCCGUCGGCUGAGUUGGCUCGCCUGGUCUUGGAAGUCACGCCUGGACAGAAACGGGGAGAAGGCUGCCUGCCUGAGGACAGCCGGCGCAAUCCUGGUGCAUUUGCAGGAGAAACUGCCGGGGGAACCCGAACUGCCUGGUGGGCAUCGGAGAGCAUAGCUGGCUGGGGGAGAUUGAUGAAAACACCUUUCACAACAUCGACGAUCCAAACUUCGAGAGGAGAAAAAAGAAUGCCUUUGUGGGCCUCACAAACCUGGGAGCCACCUGCUAUGUGAACACCUUCCUGCAGAUGUGGUUCUUGAACCUGGAGCUCCGGCAGGCUCUGUAUCUGUGCCCAGUCGCCCGCCCCGAGUACGUGACUGCGGAGGGCACGCCAGCAGACAAAGAUUACGAGCCCCAGACCAUCUGCGAGCACCUGCAGUACUUGUUCGCCUUGCUGCAGAACAGCCGGAGGCGCUACAUCGAUCCGUCGGGGUUUGUUAAAGCGCUGGGCCUGGACACGGGCCAGCAGCAGGAUGCGCAGGAGUUUUCCAAGCUGUUCAUGUCGCUGUUGGAGGAUACGCUCUCCUCACAGAAGAACCCCGACGUGCGGGACAUUGUCCAGAAGCAGUUUUGUGGGGAAUACGCCUACGUCACCGUGUGCAGCCAGUGUGGCCGAGAAUCCAAACUCAUGUCCAAAUUUUAUGAGCUCGAGCUGAAUAUCCAGGGCCACAAGCAGCUGUCGGACUGCAUCACAGAGUUCUUGAAGGAGGAAAAACUGGAGGGGGACAACCGCUACUUCUGCGAGACCUGCCAGAGCAAGCAGAACGCCACCCGGAGGAUCCGCCUGCUCAGCCUGCCCUGCACCCUCAACCUGCAGCUGAUGCGCUUCGUGUUUGACAGGCAAACGGGCCACAAGAAGAAGCUGAACACUUACUUCGAGUUCUCCGAAUUGCUGGACAUGGAGCCCUUUUUGGAAGACAGAGCCAGCGUCUUUGUCUACGAGCUCAGUGCCGUCCUGAUCCACCGCGGCGUGAGUGCCUACUCGGGCCACUACAUCGCCCACGUGAAGGACCCGCAGACGGGGGAGUGGUACCGGUUUAACGACGAGGAGAUCGAGAAGAUGGAGGGCAAGAAAUUGCAGCUGGGGGCGGAAGAAGACCUAGAGCCUUCGAAGUCCCAGACCAGGAAGCCCAAAUGCGGGAAGGGGAUGUACCGCUCUCGGAACGCCUACAUGUUGGUGUACAGGCUGCAGACGCGGGAGAGGUCGCUCACUGUGGAAAUCCCAGCUUUCCUGCAGGAGCUCGUGGAGCGGGACAACAGCCGGUUCGAGGAGUGGUGCAGCGAGAUGUCCGACAUGCGCAGGCAGAGCGUGGCCCGGGGCAAGAUCAAGCACGAGGAGGUGAAGGAGCUCUACCAGAAGUUGCCCGCCAAAGCUGGCUGCCCCUACGACUUCGUGUCUCUGGAGUGGCUCCAGCAGUGGCUGGACGAAUCGGCGCCGCCCAGGCCCAUCGACAACACGGCCUGCUUGUGCCUGCACGGCAAGCUGCACCCCAAUAAAAUCCCCGCCGUCAAGCGGGUCUCCGAGCACGUGGCCGACUAUUUCUACAAGCGCUACGGAGGGGGGCCGCGGUUGACGGCGAAGGCGCUCUGCAGGGACUGCGUGGUGGAGCGGUGCCGGGUGCUGCGGCUGAAGAGCCAGCUCAACGAGGACUACAAGGCGGUCUCCAACCUUCUGAAAGUGGCCGUCAGGGGGAAUGACGGGUUUUGGGUCGGGAAGAUGUCCUUGCGGAGUUGGCGCCAGCUGGCGCUAGAGCAGCUGGACUGCCCAGAUGAGGACGGGGACGCCCGGAACGGCAAUAUGAACGGCGAUGCGAAGAGCAAAGAUGAAUCCAGCUCAGAAAAGCGAGACGAAGAGGAGCUGAAGUUCAACGAGGACAUUGUUUGCCCGCAUGGCAACCUGUGCAUCUCCGAGAACGAGCGGAGGGCUGUUUCCAGGGAGGCCUGGGAGAAGCUCCGGUGCUACUUCCGCUUCGCCCCCGAGUUCCCGAGCGGCAAGGACUCCUGCUCCCAGUGCAAGAUCUUGGAGCGCGAAGGGGAGGAGAACGAGGCCCUGCACAGGAUGAUGGCCGGGGAGCAGAAGGCGUCGCUCCCCAACCUCUUCCAGGACAAGGGCCGGCCGUGCCUCAGCAGCUGGCCAGAGGAGGUCGGGGAGCUCUACGUGGUCUCCAGGUUCUUUGUGGAAGAGUGGAGGAAGUUUGUGAGGAGGCCAACCCGCUGCAGCCCAGUCUCCUCGGUGGGGAACCGCGACCUCCUCUGCCCGCACGGCGGUCUGAUGUUCACGUUCGCUUCCAUGACCAAAGAAGACUCCAAACUUAUAGCUCUGAUAUGGCCCAGCGAGUGGGAGAAGAUCCAGAGGCUCUUUGUGGUGGACCACGCCAUCAGGGUCAUCCGGAGGCGCGCCCCCGAGACCGGCCCGGAGAGCCCGCCCUACAUCACGGAGCCUGAGCUGUGCUUGGACUGCAGAGAGGGCCUCCUGUGCCAGCAGCAGAGGGACCUGCGGGAGUACGCCCAGGCCACCGUCUACGUCCGCAAGGUGGUGGACAGCAAGAAGGUCAUGAAGGACGCUGCCCCAGAGCUCAACGUGAGCAGUUCGGAGGCGGAAGAAGAGCGGGAGGAGGCCCGGCUGGAGGGGGAGCCGGACCCAGACUUCAGCCAGGCCAACAACGCCACCAAGCGGCAGAAGGUCUCGCACCCAAACUACGCUCCCUGCCAAAAGCAGGGCAUCCGGCGGAGCACGCGGCACCGGAAGGUCCGCGGGGAGAAGGCCCUUCUGGUCUCGGCAAACCAGACGCUGAAGGACCUGAAGAUCCAGAUCAUGCACGCCUUCUCCGUGGCGCCCUUCGACCAGAACCUGUCCAUCGAUGGGACGAUCCUCACCGAUGACUCGGCCACCCUCGGCAGCCUCGGAGUCACUCCGGAGUCUGUGGUUUUGUUGAAGGCUGACGAACCGAUCGUGGAUUACGCAGCAAUAGAUGAUGUCAUGCAAGUCUGCAUGCCUGAAGAAGGGUUCAAAGGGACCGGUCUCCUCGGACACUAAUGGCGGACAGCGGCUCCUGGCGGGAGAAGCAGCCCAGGCAGGGGACGCUGCAGACCCGGCUGGGGUUUCCAGGAACGGGGGGCCAGCUGCACGGCCCCGAUGGCGGGACACCAUUCCGAAGACCACCCCGAUGCCUUGCGUCAGAACGGACCACGCUCCGGGGCAAGAGCGCCCGAGGGGCUGCCUCUGACCCUCGCCCCAUCCGCCGAGGCGGAGCACCGAGGAGCGGCCGGGAAUGGCUCGCCCGCCUUCGCGGGGAAGAGGAGGAGGAGGAGGCCGGUGGUCCCUGCACUGUUCUUUGGCUUCCUGCCCUCCAGGCCUCCCCUCCGGCCCGGCCGCCGGCUCUGGACCCUCCCCGCCUCCUUGGCCUCGUGGCUCACGCCGUUCAGCUCGUCCAGCUUCAGCCACGCUCUGCGGGCGCCCAGGAUUGGAAGCCAUAGCCCUUCCGCCGGCCGCCCCUGAGAGCCGAGCCGGCAGGUGGGGAGGGGGCAGGAGGGCGGCGCGCCAGGGCAGGCCACGCGCCCCCGAACGGCCCUGCUUCCGGCAUCCGGAUCACCCGCGCAGCCUCGGCGUCUCCGGGAGAGCCGGCCCAGCACCGACGGAAGCGCCUUGUGUAGUGUGGGGGGCGCAGGAGGAGCCUUGGCCUGGGAACUUUGCGCCAGCUCCGCUCCUGCUCCUACUUGGACGGGGGCCGGGGCACGAAGGCAGCAUGCGGGCGUCCUUCACGCUCGCCUGCGCCUGGGCUGCUGCGGGGUGACGCACGCGCUCCCUCCCGGGCGGCAGGGAUGUCUCCGGAGGCCGCUUCCCCGCGGCCAUUCCUGCAGCAGGGGGGAUGCCCCCCGGCCUUUCGAGUGGCUGGGGAGGGAGGGGUGCGGCGAAGGCAUCUCUUCUCCUUCUCUUGUAGCAAGCUGUACAUUUCUCGGCAGUCCUAUCAUAAUCUCUGUUUGCUGUUCCGGAGGGGGAG